CUGGGGCGUCCUGUUAGUCUUUCAAGUCUGCCGGUUCGAGUCCCACCUGGAGCAGAACGUGUCCCGGCAAAAUGGAGGAGCUGAGCCAAGCGCUGGCCUGCAGCUUCAGCGUGUCUAAGGACCUCAACAGCACGGCAGCCCCCCACCCCCGUCUGGCACAAUACAAGGCCAAGUACAGCUCCUUAGAGCAAGGCGAGAGAAGGCGCCGGCUCCUGGAACUUCAGAAAACUAAGCGUUUGGACUACGUGAACCACGCAAGAAGGUUGGCGGAGGAUGACUGGACAGGUAUGGAGGAAGAAGAGGAGGAGGGAGCUGAUGAAGAUGUCGAAGACAUGGAGGUGGAAGAGAGGAAGAAACUGCCCAAGCGUUACGCCAACCAGCUGAUGCUGUCUGAAUGGCUGAUAGACGUCCCUCCGGAUUUGGCAGAAGAGUGGAUCUUGGUCGUGUGUCCUGUGGGGAAGAGGACUCUCAUUGUGGCCUCGAGGGGCUCCACUGCAGCAUACACAAAAAGUGGCUUUUGUGUCAACCGGUUCCCUUCUCUCUUACCUGGGGGAAACCGUCGCAGUUCAUCAACAGAGAAAGUCUACACGAUCCUGGAUUGCAUCUACAAUGAGGCCCAACAGACGUACUACGUCUUGGAUGUGAUGUGCUGGCGGGGCCACCCUGUGUACGACUGCCAGACGGAUUUCAGAUUUUACUGGUUUCGUUCCAAAAUGGAAGAAGAAGGUGAUCUGGAGGAGAAAAGUCGACUGAAUCCAUUCCGGUUUGUGGGCCUACAGAAUUACUCCUGCAGCACAGAAAGUUUGUGUGAGGUUCUGGCCACGGACUUCCCCUUUGAGGUAGAUGGGCUCCUCUUUUACCACAAACAAGCUCACUACAACCCUGGAAGUACUCCACUGGUGGGGUGGCUCCGACCCUACAUGGUAUCGGACAUCCUGGGGAUGUCGGUGCCAGCCAGCCCGCUGACCACCAGGCCGGACUAUGCCGGGCAUCAGUUGCAGGAAAUCAUCAACCACAAAAGGAGCGGAAAGCAGAAGGCAAGAGACGAUUCCUCAGACGGCAACGCAGGCAAUGUGGAUGGCCGGUAUGAGUUGGAACACUUAUCCACGCCUAAACUAGAAGGGUCUCCCUCCGUCUCUGGAGACCCCGCAGCUCAGAUGGAAAACUGAUAUCAGGACGCGAGGACGUUCUCUCAAGGGUCUCUCGGCGUGCCCAAAGGGAGUCUCUGUCGUUGUAUGUGGCAGCUUGGAGUAAUGCCAAAAAAUUAACCACACGGGCAUCCUUUCUGUUUACAGUCCAUGCGCUGUUUUUUCCAAUGUGGUUUAUUGCUUGGCCAAGAUCUGAGCUUCACCUCUUAAAAGCCAAGGGUUGCGUGUGUUAGCAAAGAAUAACAGCACGUUUGAGCUCCUGCUAUCCUCGUUCCCCCGUGGAAGUCAUGCACGGGGCUCUGAAAUUGGAGAGGCUCCCAAGUAUUUGGUUCCACAAAAAAGCAGAUUCCAGGUUCCUGAAUUCUUAAAUGAGGCAUCUGUAAACAGGGUUUCCAUGUGGAUAGCUGUGUUUGUUUGAGAGAGCUUCGUGUUAGAGUGGACUAUGGCAACAACAACCCCCCCAAAAGCAUAACGCUUGAUUUUUAAGUCUCUUUCUUUACCUCGCUUAAGGCUGACAUGCCUUUGAUGUAUUACUCCCAUAUUUAAUCUUACACUUUUGUACGUUUAAAAAAUGGUUUUCUAAAGUACAGGUUCUUGUUUUACUGAAUAAAGUGCUACACAGGAAU